GCUUAGCCAGCACAGAUCCUCGGCUCAGCGCUACAGCACUGCUGCUCAGCCCAAGCCAAACAGACGCAGCUGUUUACUCGCCUACCCAGAUAAGAUGCAGGGUGGUGUGCCAGUUGCUAGACUGCCGCUAUGCUGCCUGCUGCUGAUGUUUCUACCAGCUCUGUGGAAUGCAGCAGGCACUGAAGUGGAGAGUUGCUUGCACGUGAACACCACCCUGUGUGUGGAGAACUGCUGUGCAUUGAUUAACUACACUACUUUGCUCUGUUGCCACCUAGACAGUGAUUUCCACCUGAAGGAAGCUGUUGCACAAAUAGCCCCCAAAAAUGUAAAUAUUCGUUCUCUGUAUGUAUACAAUGCUAGUUAUGAUACAGUGGAUGUAAGCAUAACAAAAAUAUUUAAUUUUGACGUCCUAAGCAUCACUGGUGGGAAACUGAAGCGUAUCAGUGGUGAGCUGCGCAACACGACUGUAUGUCUAAACUUCUCAGGCAAUUCUAUUUCUGAAAUAGAUGACAACACAUUUGCAUCAUUGAAUCAGGUCAAAAUAUUAGAUCUAUCCAGGAAUAAUCUUUCAAGCUUACCAAAAAGCCUCAUGUCCAUCAGGAACCUUACAUUAGAUAUCUCAGGAAAUUUCAAAUUGUGGUGCACAGACGUGAAGAGCCUGCUGGCUCCAAAUCGGAGUGAUCCUGUUGACUUCAGAAAUCCUAAUGACACAUACUGUUUAGCAAAUAAGACAUUCCACUGGUUUAAUUCAACUGAUAAAUAUUCACUGAAAGCACUGGAAGAAUCUAUCAAGGCGGAGCAGACAUGUCCACCAGUAUGCAAAUGUGAUGCUGCAAGGACUAUGUUCAUCGGAAGAGAACCAUCAUUCAGUGUGAUGGCUGAUUGCUCCAAUAGCAAUUUAACUAGCCUACCUCCAAACUUACCACAGAAUACAUAUUAUCUGAAUGUUUCUAACAACAAUAUUACAUCUUUAGCUGCACUGAGCACUGAUCCUACUUAUGAAGGAAUACGUGAACUUGAUGCAGAUAACAAUUUCAUAACAUCAAUAAGUGAACUGGAAGGAACAAAAUUCAUCAGCAAUUUUCAUGUACUUAGCCUGCAGAAUAACAGAAUAGCAUCAGUGCCAACAUAUUUUCUGACUGACACAUUUAGUCGAAACAGAAAUAUGUUAAGUAUAAACCUGGCUGGAAAUAAACUGUCUUGUGAAUGUAAUACUGCACAGGCCUUAAAGAAAUGGUUCCUGUCAAAUAAAGGUCAUAUAAAAGAUACAGACAAAGUAAUGUGUGCAAAUCUUCCAAUUUCGGUUGUUAACCUUGAAAUCAGUGAAAUAUGUGCAGCCAAUCGUGUGUUAACAGACUACAUUUACUAUAUAAUAGCUGGAGAAGUACUGUUGCUGGCACUAUUGAUCAGUAAGGUCUCUUAUGAUUACUGGGUCUUUAGGACUGUUGGACACUUACCAUGGCCUGCUUCUAAAAUGCCAAAGUUGCCUUGUGAUUGGCUUUGUGAAGCCUAAAGUCACUAAUUCAGCCUUGCCUAUUCUGAAAACUUCCUGUAAUGGAAACUCAAAUUUCAUAUUGUAUAUUUUUAUACAGAUGUUACUUGCCAUUUAUACUGGUGUUGAAAAAUGUACAAAUAAUUCUGAAAGCAUUGGAACAUCUCUCUCUAAUUUUACAAUUAGUUGCUUUAUGCUGGACCCAUGUGAUGAAGACAGUAAAGUAACCAUUAUUACAGUUCAGUGAAUUUAAUAUAAAUUAUCAGUUCUUGAUGCUGUACAGUGGAGUGGUGUAGAAUCUUGCUUACUGCUGUUGCUCAUGUCCUUAUGAAGUUAAAGUGGCACUAUAACAAAUCAAAUGCAUCAUGUGUGGAGUGCAUUGAUUUUGUAUGUACAUUAUAUUUUAAAGAAUAAACUGAAAGCUUUUGCUAAAAUUUGAUGGUCAGAGAUUGAGAUACAUAUGAAGAGUUAUUAGAAUAUGAAUUUCCAUUUCAUGGGUCCAAAAACUUAGUAAUAUGACUUAUUAUUGUUGUUAUUAUGGUACUAGCUAGGCAGUUCCUUCAUUUUGAGCUUUAUAUUUACAGAGUGUGUAUUGCAUUGUGUACAUGCAGACUGUGUGAGAGGCAAACAUAAAUAAUACAGCAAUUCAUCAUAUUUUUAAGGGAAAUACGAAUUCUUAUGCUCUCUCAGAGGUAUUGAAAUUGCUGUUUGACAGUUUGCACAAAAGGUGUGAAGACAUGGCCAUGCCGUAGUGUUCAUUCCAGUAUAUUUUUUUUGGCUUUACAGAAAAAUUAAUAUACAAUAGUGUAAAAAAUUUAGUGCACCUAAAAUUUAAAAAGAAAAUUUGCAACCGAGAUGAGACAGUGUAUUGACCUUUUUAACACAAGUUUCAAAUACCUAUUUUUCUGAAUUGUGUAGUGCUUUACACUUCCAGUUUAUUUUUAUUAUUAUUGUCUCAUUAGUCUUUAUUGCAUUGCUUUUUCUGUGAUGUAGAUAUUUUCUUAAAAUUUUAUGCCCAUCCCCUCUGUUUAUUUUGUUUGUAAUAGUUUUGUAGAGAUCAGAUUCCUGAAAAGUUGUUUAUUGUUCUCCAGUACUACAGAAAAAAUGACUUCUUUUUUUGACAAUAUCUGUAACUUUUUUACUGGUGUAUAAUCUCAAUUCAUUCCUUUCUAGUCCAGUACACCUUUCAUAGCAACACGUGAGAUCUGAAGUUGUUAAUAAUUUCUUUAUUUCUGAGAUGUUAAUAAUUUCUUUAUUUCUGAGAUCUGAUUUUUUUUUAAUUAUCUUAUUUGUGUUUCUUGAACUAGAAAUGUAUUGUUUCAGUGCUAUUAUUUAGCAGAUGUUGAAUGUGCUGUGUUUCUGUGAAAUUUAUUUAAUUUAUCAUGUGAAGAAAAUAAGUGAAAGAAAAAGCUACUUUACACUGUGAACAUGCCUUUUUUUUAAAUACAAAAAGUCACAAUCAUUAUGUCAGGGGAGGAAACAGGCAUUUGAAUGGCUGCCUUAUAGUACAGAAAAUCUAAUUGUUUCUCACUGUUGACAAAUAUAUUGCAUCUGACAAACAAUUCUUAAAUCAAUGCGACUUGUUGACAGUGGCAUGCAUGAAUAAAAUCAUCUCAGCUUUCAAGCCAUAUCACUUCACAUAAAACACGUGGGCUUUUGACAGCUGGCUCUGCCGUCAUCGCUAGGGAUAAAAAUCACUGAAUGCCAGAACUGCCACACUGUUCUGUGUAUAUGGUUAUUUGGGCAUGAUAGCAGCAUCUGCACCCAAUAGAGAGCAUGCAUGGUAAAAUGAGUUGGACAGCUUGUAGUGGCUCUGACUCACCAUGAGACAAGAGUAUUGGCUUAUGCAUCACAUUGGGAUUACAUUACAAAGGAGGUGGUCAUAAUUAGAAUAAACUGCAACAGUUUUAACAGAGAAAAAGUUACACCCUUAGUAGAGCAUGAGGGCUGGCUUUGGAUAUCGAGCAGAAGCAAAGAUGGAUGCUUAAUGCUGUUAGGAAGGUGGAAGUGUCAGUUUCGAUUGUGGUACCAGCCUUUCACAUCACCUGAUGUCACUCAGUCCUGUGGCAGGCUGCAGCUGCUACGAGCUUCCCAGCUCACCGUCCAUGCAAGUAUCACUUCAGCUUUCUCUGGAAGUUUACAAAUACUGGUAUCGUGCCUACAUAAGUGGAACACCGAACUGGUGCCGGCAGUCACUGGUAUUUAAUCCUGAUGGCAGUGGUAGAGAUAGCUGUCAGAAGCUUGAAUGUGUUUUGAAAGUGACAUGCCUUGAAAACCAAGCAGAUUUUAUUCAGUAUGACUUUAGUAGUGCAAGAACUAGAAAUAUUUUGAUUUCUGUCUAAACCUUUCAUGUGGAUUGCAGCUCUCUUGUAUACUGUUGGUUUUCUUUGUCAUUAAAUCAAUGUCUAAAUACUGAAGAUUGAUCUGCAACUUAUUCAGCAUAUAAUGGAUUGAGUACGCUGAUGGACUGAGUAAACAUAUAGCAUAUCAGUCAUUGCUGAUAACUGUAGUAAUUCUGAUUGAUAUUUUAUAUGGUAUUUUAUUGUAUGUAGAUAUAAAUUUACAUUUGUACAUAUAUUUUUGUAAAGUUAUUAUAAGUCUGUGUGUGUGUGUGUGUGUGUGUGUGUGUGUGUGUGUGUGUGUGUGUGUGUGUGUGUGUGUGUGUGUGUGUGUUGGGGGGGGGGGGGGGGGAGAGAGAGAGAGAGAGAGAGAGAGAGAGAGAGAGAGAGAGAGAGAGAGAGAGAGAGAGAGAGAGAGACUCUUUUCUAAUGCCAAACUGAAAUGCCUAUCACCUAACUUUAUAUCUUAUAUAUCAUCAGAUUCAAAUCAACUGAAAUUUACAUCUGCAGUAUGAGUAACAGUGCUAAAGAACCUCAAAGAUAGUCAGAUGGUGCCUUCUGUUGGAUUUCAUAUGAUGUACACAAUUUUAGUCACUUUGAUAUAUAUAUUUUUAAAUGAAUGUGAAAUGUGAUUUGAAUUUAUGUCUGUUUUUAAUGUCUUUAUAUUUCAAAUAAACGAAGUUAUUACUUCCAA